AUGUUGUCCUUUCAGUAUCCUCCGCCUCCGACGUCCUUUGCCAAGCUGUCCUAUCCCGCGCCCCAUGUCGUCCUUGUCACGAUGUCACGGCCCGAGAAGUUGAACUGCACCACAGCGGCGAAUAUAAUAGAGUUGACUGAGGUAUUCAAAUGGAUUGAUGACGAGCCUUCUCUUUUCGUCGCUGUCUUGACAGGGGCUGGACGAGCGUUUUCGACAGGAGCAGAUCUGAAAGAAUGGCAAGAGAAGGCAAAUGCGGCAAAUUCAAGACCAGGUGCUGGACCUGGAGAUGUCCCGGGCGCUCUGCCGCUGUCUAAUCGCCUGGGUAAAAAGCCUAUAAUUGCAGCCGUCAAUGGCCUCGCAUUAGGAGGAGGCUGCGAGACGGUGGUCAACUGUGACAUUGUCAUCGCCGCGGAUACCGCAACCUUUGGUUUAGUUGAGGUGAAGCGCGGGGUGGCCGCUUACGCCGGGGCCUUGCCACGACUGAUCCGUACAAUGGGACUCCAGCGGGCAAGUGAGAUGGCCCUCCUCGGCAAUUACAUCACUGCAGAGCAAGCGGAGAGAUGGGGAAUUGUGAAUAAGAUCGUGCCUCGAGGCCGCGUUGUUGAAGAAGCCAUCAAUUACGCCAAAGCGAUCACAGAGAACAGCCCCGAUUCAAUCAUUUGUACGAGAGCUGGGUUGAGGCAGGGCUGGGAAACUGCCAGUGUCGUGGAGGGCACAGCCAUCACAGGCAGAAGAGAGUGGGCUGAUCUGCAAAAAGCCGAUAAUGUGAAGGAAGGAUUGAGGGCAUUCAAGGAAAAGCGGUCACCAAUUUGGACGUCAGCAAAGUUGUGA